AUGAUUCGACUACGAUGCCAUAGUGUUUUCACCAGAGAGUUGUCUAGAAGACGAGAGAUUGCUCUUCUUCUACAGAGACCAUCGCACAUCAGGAGAGCAUUAUCAAUGGGAUUAUUGCGAUCACGACCGCAGCCAUUUUAUGAAACAUCAGAAAAUUUUCUAUUGAAUCCAUCGAGUAUGUCAAAAAGUAAUUGUUAUUAUCCAACAUUAUUCAACAAAAAUCACACCCAGUUGAGGUUUGUUUCAAAAUACUUAUACCCAUCUCCACCGCGUCAGGCGUUUUUUGAAAGUUUUUUAAGUGGCGGCUUUGCCAAGGCCAACAAGAUCAUAUUCGGCGAAGACCAUGACCGAUAUAUUCAGUGGUUGAAAACCGCGAGCCUGUUUAGCAACAAGGAUAUUGCAAUGAUUCUUGAUGACUUUGAUCACAUAGUCAAGGCAUCCUACGAAUUCAGAGCAUCAGGGGUGAAAACUAUAGCGAGCAUAUGGCAAGCUCUCAGCUCCCGAAGCCGCAACACUCUGGGAGUUCAGAGGCUUAUGGAAGAAAUUGUCAAUAGGAGAGAUCUUUUGUUGCGGCUUUUGCUUGCAACCGGAGAAUAUGAAUUCUUCCAAACCAAAAUCAUGCCGGUAAUUCUACAAUAUGUUCCAUCGGAAAGCCUCAAUUAUUUGGAUAGAGGAUUACAGGCAGCUCGAGCAACAUGGAAUAGUUCAGAAUCCGAGAUCGACUUUGACCAAGAAGAAAUGGAGAAAUACUUGUCUUGUGAAGAUAUUCCUCUUGAGCAGCGAAGAGAAUUUUUGAAAUUACUAAUCACGCCGGCCAUGCGUGCAGCAAAACCCAUGUACGUGAAGAUUAAACUAGUUGGCCAGUUCCUAGAUUUUGCAAACAAAUUGGAAUCAGAAGAAUGGUUCAAGGAUCCGAAACAUACAGAAUACGACGACAUCUUUGUUUUAAUUGGAUUGGCUCCGGUCGAUAUCAGCCGCCUACAUGGGUAUCUACAUGAUCUUUUGGCCAUUGUGGAGCUGAGGUUUGACAAAGAGGAUACACGUUUGUUCUUUACGCAUUUGAUGAGAGUGUUAGUAGACAAGGCACCUUCAAUUACAAACAUCAUAUUCAAGUUCAAACUUAGUGAGAAAAAGAAGGCAGAAGAUAAAACAGAGGAUGCAUUGAGUCCAUUGGAUUUAGCAUAUGCGAUGAAAGCCCGUGCUAAAUUUAAUGAAGAUGCAGUGUUUGAUUUAUUUCUGGAGCAAUCAGUUUUGCAAGAUGCACGGGUACAAGAGGAAAUUUUUCUUAGUUUAUGUGCCGAAAACAAGGAUUGGAAGUCGUUACAAAAAAGAUUUGAAAUGAUGGCUGGUAAGGAAGACUUGCCUAGUACUAUUCAUUAUGGGAUUGCGAUACAAGCAUUGGAAUACCUAAAAGCCGAUGUCCAGUUGGAGAAACUAUAUCGCCACAUAAAAGCUCGCAAGAUGAAUGCCAAUGCAGCCGUCUUCACUGCUUUGAUGAAAAUGAAAUUGAGGCAUGAGGAUCAAUCAGGUCUUGAUAAUCUCUUACAAGAGUAUAUAAGCUUGUCACAAGAUAAAUCUGCGCCUGCGCCCAACAAAGAUGUACAUGUCCUUGUUCCAUUCACAAUGAGGCUUUUCAUGGAAAAACAAGACUAUACUGAAGUCUUGCAAAGACUUCAUAGCUAUCUCGAAAACGAAGUCAAAACUGGUGUUAAAUUUGUUUCGGACUCGUUUUUGUCAGAAGUGCUAAUAUAUUUUGCAGACAAUUGUGCGUUGAGAGAGUUUCAAAGAUUGCGUAACUUGGUUAGCAGGUGUAAUAGAGAGAGUUCUGAGUUUCACUCAGCAAUAGUCCACGCAUUAUCUACGCUCGGAAGAUUUGCAGAGGCAGAAGAAGUAGCAUUUGAGGCACAUGGAAACUCUGCAAUUCCCUUUUUUGAUUUCCGCAUAUAUUCUUCGCAAUUGCGCAACUACACAAUGUGGCUACAACUGAACCCGCCAUUAAACUUGAAACGUUCUAUUGAGCGUCGUAUAUUUUUCAUUCUUGCUAGUUGGUCAAACGAACACUAUUCUAUGUUCCAAGCACAAGUUGGUGGAGUUGAAUUUUUAGCAGGAAUAAUGGAUCUGUUGAACAAUCAAGCUAAGCAAUUUAGUAGAGAAAGAGGUAUUCGAAAAUUGAGGGGCCACCUGCGAAGGGCAGCAGCGACUGCUGCUUUAAUCCAAGACCAGCGCCAUAUGAAAUAUGACAUCGCGUUAUUUUUACCUCUGUUGCGUUUGUAUCUGAGCUUUGAGAAAUUUAAUCCACCUGAGGUUAUGAGAAUCCACAAACUAAUGAAAGAGAGGAAUAUCCGUGUAACAGCAGAAGCUUAUUACUACGUAUUAGGGGCAUUGACAUAUAUGGAUUCUAAGAAAGAGCCAACGUUUAGACGAUCAAAACGUAUGUUAGAGCAGCUUUUGCGUAAUUACGGCGUUUUCGAUGAAAAUCCAGCUACAGACGUCAAAUUAGAUUUCCAACAGAAUUGUGUUUCCUUAUCAAAAGUUGUUCUCCAGUUCCAGAAGAAUGUACCUGCAGAGAUUGCAGAUGAGAUUGUUGAGCAAUUUUUAGCUGGUUGCCAAAAGAAAUUGAAAAAAGAUGCAUUUCCGUUGAAAUUAAAGCUUCGAACAAAUUCAAUGCAAAGAUUGAUUUUGAAAAGAAAGAGCACGCAAGAGUAUGCUCAAUUUUUAACUGAAACGUAUAAUCAAUACUCGGAAAUGUUGAAUUACAUGCAAAAUGUCUCACCAGAGAAUGAGCCGUUUGUAAUACCACCUUUCUUUAGUCGAGAAUUUGGGGAAGUUUUGGUUGAAAUGAUACAAAUGCAUAUGAAUUUAAAUGGCACGCUAGAUGAAAAGUUGCAAAACGAGGUUCUCGAUUUGUUAUUGAAAGGAGUUACUAUGCCAAAUUCUGAUUAUAACAAACUCCUUGAUACUUGUUUGAAGUCUCCGAAUCGUGACCUCGAUCGAAUAUUGAAAGUUAUUGAAAAGUAUCUCGCGGAUACAAAUCUUUCGGAAUUAACCCGUUAUCAAAAGAAAAGAUUUUGUUAUAAGCUUUGUAUGUUGCACAUGGCACUGAAAUACGGCGAUGAAGCGGUGGAGAAGAAAUUUUCAAUCCUUUCGAAAUUUUAUAAUAUUGAACCUUUAAAUCAAACUCGUGAACAACUCGAACCUAAGGAUUAUAUUAUUAAUUUUCUUAGGAGUAGUCGCGGGUACUUGUUCAAUAUAGGCGAAGAUCCUUUUCUUGGAAGUUCAAUGACUAUAUUUGAAUUUAUAGAUUACUUUAACCCAAGUCGUCGUAUCAAGGGACUCAAUUUAGUUGCAAACACCUUUAGGACCAUGAAAAUCACACUUCAAAAAGAGAUUAUGGAGGGAAAUUUAGAUGUUCGAUAUCUAGAAUUGAACUUUCCAAAGACUAUGAAGUUGUAUUCAUCAAAGUCAGAGUUCUACGUAAUGUUGAGUCGAUUCAAUUCUGAAAUUGACCGUUACUAUCGAACAUUGGAAACCAAACUACCAGAUAGGAACAAACUGAGGUUUGGAGAUCAGAAAACUAUAAGAAUUGAAAAAUCAAAGGAUGUACUCAAAUAUCUAUUACUAAAAACAGAUAAAAAUAUUGAUUUUUAUAUAUCAAAAGAUGCUAAACUUGAUUUGACUCCAAUGCUCCAUUUCUCGCAGUUGUCACAGAAGUCACAGAAGUCACAGAGUUUGCAUCAGUCAAAUGAGCUGCGACAUUUACGACAGAUGCAACUACAGAAUAGAGUCGAGAAGCGGGUGAAAUCAGAUUCGAUUGGUGAACUGGGAAAUACUUUUAACAUGUAA